AUGGAUACGACAACUGUUGGACCUUUCGAUCUUGACUCCAUUUUGGUUGGCGCCCAUGAGAUGGGGAGCGAUGGAUUCCCUGUGGCCAGCGUGCCUGAUAAGGGAAUUGUACUCUUUAUUGUCGGCACGGUGAUGGUGAUUAUUGCCGGGCUUGUUGUUCUUCUCCGGCUGGUUGGCAGAUAUCUCAGAGAAGGACUUCGGAUAGAUGACUGGACGAUUCUUGCGGCAUUGCUCAUCGCAAUCGUUUUUACGGUAGUCCAUAAUAUAGGUGUUAGAUAUGGCCUGGGGAAACAUGGAGAUGAUAUUCCGGAGCAAGACAAAAUUCAAGCAUUCAAGAUGCUUCUCUGUGCGCAAGUACUGUUUAAACUUAUCAUUGGUCUUACAAAAGCAUCGAUAUUAUUCCUAUACCUGAGAGUCUUCGCUGCCAACAAGUACUUCCGGUGGGCUUGCAUUAGCCUUAUCAUCUUCAGUAGCCUGGCAUCCAUCGCAUACGUCUUUCCAACGCUUUUCCAAUGUCGGCCGCUGGCGGCCUUUUGGGAUCGCACAAUUCCACAUGAAUGCAUGAACGAUCUGGGCAUCUGGCUAUCGUAUGCUCUGAUCAACAUCAUCACCGACAUUUUGAUAUUCGCCCUGCCUAUAUAUUAUAUUUCCCGACUCAGUCUUGAGUUCCGGGAUAAAAUAGCCCUAAUCUUUGUUUUUCUUCUCGGUGGAUUUGUUUGCCUUAUUAGUAUAAUUCGCACCAUGACUUUCUCAAAAUCCGCCCAGCCGGUCGAUGUUACAUAUACCUUUCUCUUCAAUGCCAUAUGGGCUACCAUUGAGCUAAACACCGCCAUAAUAUGCGCCUGUCUACCUAUAAUCCGCCAACCACUUUCCAUACUCUUCCCCACAGUUUUCGGAAGCUCACCACAGUCAAGGGGCAGAUGCUCAAGCUUAUUCGGUUUUCGCUCUGCACGAUAUCGAAAUCAACGGGUGGCAAACCCUUCUCUCAGCAUCGCGGCUAGCCUACCUUGGAACAUGCAUAACGGGGACAACGUUGUGACAACCAUGGUAGAGCCCGGACGAGAUCUCGAACUCAGCAGAACAGGGAGCGAAGAACGAAUAAUUAAUAUGGAGACGCUCGAGGCGAAUAAUGGAGGGAUCCUAAAACAGACCGCGGUUUAUGUUUCUGAGACUAGAAAGGCGUAA